UACAUCAACAACAAAAUGGAAGAGUUGCUUUUGAAUUGAGCCUAUCUACCCCUAACAUUUAAUAUACAAUUUAAAUUUAUUAUAUGAAUGAUUUCGUUAAUAUUCAUUGUGAUUGAUACAUUUAUCAGUGAUCCAUUGUGAAUUUUUAAUCCAUCGGUAUGGUGUGAAGGUUCAUUUAUUAUGCAAAACGGAAGCACGUAUGCUUUAUAUCAGCGUAUUCAACGGUCAGUUAGCCUUUGGAAGACAACCUAAUAACACCAUGAUAACUAUUAAAAUGUUCUAUUUUUGUAACAAUGUGGAAAGAAUCAGACAAUUUAAUUCUGCCUUUUGAACUGAACUCCUGGGACUCACACGCUUCUUGAUAACUUAACAAACAGCAUGGAGGGAAUUUGAGAAGCUGUUAGAAGUCUUAAAGCUAUGCCAGCCCGGGUAGCAGUAUGGCGACGUAGACUUCCCGUGCUAUCAUGGCUACCAACCUAUUCCACUAGUGAUGCUAUCUCCGACCUGGUGGCAGGAAUAACUGUGGGCCUGACCCUUAUUCCACAAGUCAUUGCAUACUCAGCCCUUGCUGGGUUAGGACCACAGUAUGGACUAUACUCUAGCCUGAUGGGAGGACUGGUCUAUUGUGUGAUGGGUUCCACUCGACAAUUGUGUGUUGGUCCUACAGCUCUUGUGUGCCUGCUCACAUUCACCUACACACAAGAUACAAACGUCGACAUGGUUGUCCUCUUGACAUUCCUCUCUGGCUGCAUCGAACUGCUUUGUGGGAUUUUCCAACUGGGUUUCCUUGUAGAUUUUGUGUCGGUGCCGGUUGUGUCAGGGUUCACUUCUGCAGCAGCUAUCAUCAUCGCUUCAUCACAGGUCAAGGCUCUUUUCGGUCUGCACUUCAAGAGUGACAAUUUUGUAUCAACUUGGGUCCAGUUCUACCAGCACGUACAAUCUACACUCCUGACUGACCUGACUCUUGGGUCGAUGUGCAUCAUUACUUUACUGCUCUUGAGGAAAAUAAAGGAUAUAGAUCUGCCUGGAACAGGGAAACCUUCUAUAUCCUCCCACAGUUGGAUGUCAAGGUGCCUUUGGUUCAUCACAACAGGUCGUAAUGCGUUAGUGGUGCUCGCUUGUAUAGCUCUUUGUUGCUACUUGGAGGAAAACCGAGGAAUCACACCUUUCACUUUAACAGCCCGCAUAGACGCAGGGUUGCCUGAUGUUAGCCUGCCCCCCUUCUCAACCACCAUCCAGAACCGCACCCUCGACUGGUUACAGAUGACUUCUCACCUUGGUUCAGGCCUGGCUGUCAUUCCUCUUGUGUCUGUAAUCAGUAACAUCGCUAUUGCUAAAGCUUUCUCCAAUGGCCAGACAGUGGAUGCCACACAGGAGAUUAUGACUCUAGGCGUGUGUAACAUCUUCGGAGCAUUUGUGCAUUCACUCCCAGUUGCUGGAUCAUUCACUAGAUCAGCUGUUAAUGCUGCCAGUGGUGUACGCACCCAGAUGAGAGGAGUCGUCACCAGUGGGGUGGUGGUGUUGGCACUAGAGUACAUCACCCCGUAUUUCCACUAUAUCCCUCGCACCACCCUAGCAGCCGUGGUCAUGUGCGCUGUGCUCUUCAUGGUGGAGGUCAAUCUGCUCAGGCCAAUGUGGGCGACCAACAAAAGGGAUGUGGUACCAGCCAUGGGAACAUUCUUGGCCUGCUUGGCGCUUGGAGUGGAGUUGGGGUUGGGAGUAGGGGUGCUUGUCGACCUCUGUUUCUUGCUUUACUUCAACGCAAGGCCUGAUAUCACCAUUCAUCUGGAAACAAUUCAUAGUGCUACACACCAAGACAUAAGCUAUUGGCUCGUUCUGCCUCGAGGCAGUCUACUAUUCCCAGCAGUAGACUACGUACGGCAGACUAUCACUGCCAAAACUUUAGAUUACCCAGAGGAAGGAGUCAGAGCUAGAGGUAUUGUGCUGGACUGUUCUUUGAUCACCCGCUGUGACUUCAGUGCUGUGCAGGGUGUGCAAGCUCUGUGGGAGGAUGUGAGGAAUCAAGGACUACUUCUCAUCCUCCUCAAUGCAGAUACUGAAGUGGCCAAGUCAAUUGUUACAACUUGCAAUGGAAUCAGGAUGGCCUCCUCGCAGCACCAACUCCAUGACAUUUUCCUUCACCUGGGUACAGAAAACAACAAAAGUUCCGAAGUGGAUUUAAAAUAAAAGUCUUUGAAAUAAAACUAAUGAUUAUUAACAAACUA